AUGGUUCUCUGCGUUUAUUUCCUGAACAACAAUUGCCGUUUCGGCUCAAGGUGUAACAAUGAGCACAUUGACAUAGGCUCGAUAGUCAAAAGCGAAAUAGACGUAACGAUUAAAGGCAACCAGUGGCCACUGUCCUGUUUCGGUCCCUUCAAGGAGCGCAAUUGCAUACCCAACUUCAUCGACGAUCACAGCUUCGAAGAAAUCCGCAUGAUGUACCUCGAAGCGAAAAUGCAGAACAACAUACCCGCCCAUCAGAUGCAGCUCGCACAGAUGAUAAAUGAUGCGAAAACGAAACUUCAGUGGUUAACCACCAUGAACCGGGACAUUCUCAGCAGCCUAGUAGAGCUCUACAACCAGCAGGAGAGCAGCGUAAAGGCGCCAAGCGCUCCAAUGAAUCCGUUCGCCUCGAUAGGUACUGGCAACAGCAACGCUUCGAAUAUCUUUGGUAAUGCCAACAGUGGCAAUGCGUUCGGUGCCGGAUUUGGAUCCGCUUCUGCCACAAGCACAACGGCUACUGCCGGUAGUAUCUUCGGAGGUGGCUCAAUUAGUGGCCAAACAACGCAAAGCAGCGGAAAUAUCUUCGGCUCGGUUCCUACCACGACCAGCAGUAUAUUUGCCAAGCCGAACCAACCGCCUGCCGGUGGUAACAUUUUUGGAAUGAACCAACAACUUGCCAUGAACGCGUUUGGUGGUCCAGCGGUAAUAGGUGGAAGCAUGUUUGGCAGUGUCCAGCAACCGGCAACUCAAAACACUACGGGUAUGUUCGGUGCUGUGGCAGCGACUCCGAAUUCUUCUGCUGGAGGCAAUAUCUUCGGAAGCGCUCCACAAAAUACCAACACCUUCGGGCAACAGCCAACCAACACAGGCUUUGCCGGAAGCGGCAUGUUCGGUAAUUCCGCACCAGCCACAGCGCCAUCUGUCGGUGGGUUUGGAGCUGCUGUCCCACAGCCCCAGCAUGGUGCCGGUAUGUUCAACUCCGUCCCGUUCGGAGCUAAUCAGUCUAACGCUUCAUUUGGGCAGUUCGGUUCGAUGAUGCAAGCCCCAGCGACUGCCAGCAACCCGCCGUCUCAAAGUUUGUUCGUUCCCGCACCAAGUUCUACCCCCUUCGGCGGUUCGAUGGGAACGAACAGCUUCGGAGCGCCAGUCCAGCCAGCUGCCAUACCGCAAAGCGUUCCCAUAUCGGUCACUAUGUACAGUGCGAUGGAGAACGUGACGCCUGAACAGCUGGCAGCGUUUAAUGCCGACAAAUUUCAGCUCGGAAGAAUACCAACCAUUCCACCACCAAAGGAGCUGUGUCACUAA